AAGUAAGAUAAAAAAAAAAGAAACUGGAAUUGGGCAGGAUGAAAAGAAAAGACCCGAGUGAGGUGGAGUCGCAACUCUAAAGUUGAGACUGGUGUCGUCUACGGUCGGUCAUACUUGAACUGAGGUCCGAUUUAGGGUUUUGAAAUUGAGUCAGAUCCUAUGCUGCAUGGGUUCAACAUCUUCAGGUAGUUUUCCGUUUCUUCAGGUUCAACAUAUCUCUUAAUCGACACUCAGGAUCUACUUAUGAUUGGCUGAUAGUUGAAGAUGGCAGUGAGUUUGGGUUCGUGUAAAUUUCAAUGAAACCGGAAGGCUAGGGGACCGAUGGACUGUUGUCACACUCUUAGUCAUCUUAAAGGUUCUUUGUGCUGUCAGCUAUUAUUAUUCUUUAUCUGGUUAUCCAGUUUUCAAGAUGCUGUGGCAUCAGAGACCGUCUUUGAGCAAAGUCAUGUUCCUAUAAUGCCAGAGCUUGCUAAACCACCUUCUACUGGAAUUUUUGGUCCUAUAGAAAUAUCACCUGCAGUUAUUCCACAUUAUCCAGAUCCUGACGAACCCUUUCCGCCAAUGUACCCGACAUUUCCGACCCGAUAUGAGCCUGUUUUAACUGGGCAAUGUCCUGUCAAUUUCUCCGCUAUGUCGAGUAUCAUCGAAAAAACAGCUUCUGAUUGUUCUCAACCUUUGGCAGCACUUGUAGGGAAUGUAAUUUGUUGUCCACAGUUCAAUAGUUUGAUGCGCAUCUUCCAGGGUCUCUACAGCUUGAAUAACUCGGCUAAGUUGGUUUUGCAAAAUUCUGUUGCAAGUGAUUGUUUUACAGAUAUAAUCAGUAUCUUAGCCAGUAGGGGUGCAAAUAGUACCAUAGCUACACUUUGCUCUGUAAAAUCUUCAAAUCUUACUGGUGGGUCCUGUCCAGUGAGGGAUGUUGACACCUUUGAAAAAACAGUAAACACAAGCAGAUUACUAGAGGCUUGCACAGCUGUUGAUCCUCUUAAAGAGUGCUGCCGACCAAUUUGUCAACCUGCAAUCAUGGAUGCGGCGCUUCAGAUCUCCGGGAAGCAAUUGGUGUUGGAUGAUAAUGAAAAUUUGGUUGGUGAGCUGAAUCAUAUCGACACUCCAAGUGACUGUAAAGGAGUGGUUUUUGCAUAUCUUUCAAGGAAACUCCCAUCAGAUGUUGUAAAUACUGCAUUUCGAAUAUUAUCUGCCUGCAAAGUCAAUAAAGUUUGUCCUUUAGAUUUUAAGCAGCCUUUGGAAGUAAUUAAAGCAUGCCGCAAUGUUGCUGCCCCAAGUCCUUCCUGCUGUAGCUCAUUAAACACCUACAUUGCAGGAAUACAGAAGCAAAUGUUGAUUACAAACAGACAAGCUAUAAUUUGUGCCACAAUGUUUGGUUCUUUAUUGAGGAAAGGCGGGGUAAUGACAAAUAUUUAUGAGCUUUGUGAUGUUGAUUUAAAAGACUUCAGCAUUCAAGCAUAUGGUCAACAAGGAUGCCUACUUAGAAGCCUGCCUGCAGAUGUGAUGUUUGACAAUUCAACUGGCUUCAGCUUUACAUGUGAUUUAAGUGAUAAUAUUGCAGCACCAUGGCCUUCGUCGUCCUCAAUGUCAUCAGUGUCCCUCUGUGGCCCCGAGAUGUCAUUGCCCGCUCUACCAACAUCGGAGACUUUUAAAAAUCCUGGCUGUCGUGGUGGAGGGCAGCAAUUGCUUGUAACCAUUAUUUCAUUUUUGGUCUUGGGGUCUUUAUUGUACUGAACAUGUUUAGCUGAGGGUGAUUAAGUAGAUCUGGUUUGAAUUAGGGGCGUUUGGAAGUUGGUGUGGAUGUCUCCUGUAUAUCUUGAGUAGCUGUAUAGCACUCUAAUUCUCAUUCAUAUAAAAAAGCUUAACAGACCUAUUAGAGUUAGAGUUGCUUAGCAGUUUUAUCUAUAGAGAGAAUGCAUGGUUUUGCUAAAUUUUAUAUGUACUAUUUCAUGAUUCUCAGAUUUCUGUAGCAACACUGUUACAAGCUUCCUGUG